UUGUUUAGGAAUCCAGAGACCGCUCUUAGCUCGAAGACGCCAAAGGAUCUGAAAAAGAUUCUAAAAGAAAAGCGAAAAACGCGACAGAAACAGCAGCCUAAGGAAAAUCAACAGGAUAAGGUAGUACUGACCACUUCAAUAACAUUGCCUGACCCUUAA